AUGGUGGCACCAUCGCGGCUGAUGAAGGCGGCCAUGGCGGCUGCCAUCGUCGCCGCUAAGGUGGGGGAGGAGGGUUCUGAAACCCCCGCACCGCGAGGUGCGGCGGUCUCAGAGACCCCCGCACCGCGAGGUAUGGCACGUACUCGAGGAGGAGGAGUAGAGGGAGCUCGUCAGCGUCCGACAGCUUCCACGAGGAGGAGGAGGAGGGUAGAGGGCCAUGAUGGUCAUUCUGUGGCUGAUACAUCUAUUUCAGAGGCGCACAUUUCUGAGCAGCCAGGUACUUUGGACUCAUCACCUCCUAGUCCUCCAGAGCAGCCAUCUACUAGUGCUCCGGACGAUACUACCGAACUAUUUUUGGGAGGCCCUGAAGAUCCAUCCAUUUUAAAGAGUUUUAAAAAUCAUGUUGCUGUUAGCAUAUGGGCUGGAGAGGAAAGAGGUGUAUUAAAGUGUAAUAGCCAUGGACAAAGAAUUCCUGAUUGGCCAUUGGCAAAUCAGCAACGUAUUUAUGAUAUUGUUGUAAGAUCUCAGUUGGCACCUUUGAUAGAAUCCACGUAUCGAUUUGUGAAUCCUACAGUUGUGUCAGCCUUUUCAGAGAGAUGGCAACCUGAGACUAACACAUUUCAUCUACCAUUUGGUGAGAUGACACUUACGUUAGAUGACGUUGCCACUAUUCUGAAGAUACCAGUUGCUGGCAGCCCUGUAUCAGUCCCUCAUUUGACAGGUAAUGAAGCUCAGAAUUUACUUUGUCGUUUACUUGGGGUCUCAGUAGUAGAAGCAGCAGGCCAGAUAGCUGAGACUCGGGGACCGUAUGUGAAAUUAGAUUGGCUGAGAAUAACAUUUAUGAACGUACCAAAUUCAGCUCCAGAUGAAGAGAUGUACAAUGCUAGUAGGGCAUAUUUGUUAUUUUUAUUAGGUUGUACAUUAUUUGUGGAUAAGAGUGGUAGCAUGAUUUCGAUUUCCUAUCUUGCAUUGUUGGAAGACCUGAGUAUAUCUGGUACGUAUGCAUGGGGGGCUGCUUGUUUGGCAUAUUUAUAUAGGCAGCUAGGUAUCGCGAGUAGAAGAGAUGUCAAGGGAAUCUGUGGAUAUUUAACAUUACUUGAGGCUUGGAUAUACGAACAUUUUCCAUUGACUAGAAGUAAACAUAAUUUAUCAUAUACUGACGAGCUGCCUAGGGCUCAUCGCUGGCUUCCUGUUCGUGAGUACGAUUCUUUGCAAUCUUUGCGAGAGCGACUUGAUGACUUAAUUGAAGAUCAGGUCAUAUGGACACCAUAUAGGAGGCAUCGUGCACAACACCCACUCCAUGAGAUUGCGUUCUUCUCCGGAUGUCUUAAGUGUGGAGGCGUGAUUGAGCCAUAUCAUCCGGAGAGGGUUCUGCGACAAUUUGGGCAUAGGCAGAAUAUACCUCCACCUCCAUUAUCUCCUAUUGAAGCCAAGCGGGGUAGAGCUACGACAACAUAUAAGGUAAUUUAUGAUUUUAUCAAUGAUAGUUGGUCUCGCUGGGAUUUUCACUUAUUGCCAGCACACCGUCGGGGUGGACUUGCCCUAGUGCCAUGGGAGUGCAGUGAAGACUACUUGGCAUGGUAUCAUCGCAUUACACAUCGAGUCAUACAAAAUCCUACAAAUAGAUCCGGGUUUGACAGAGGUGAUCAUGAUAGAGUGACUCUUGCUGAUGUGCGCAUCAUGGCAUCACUAUCUCCUCUUAGGCAAGUCAUAUCAGGUGGAUCCACUCAAGAUGUAGAUGCGUGGAGACGGGCAUGUCUUCAGGUAUAUGAUAUUUUGACUAUUCGUACUGGGUCUUCUUCUACUGGGUCUCAUGCAUAUACAGUAUUUCGCGAAGCACCUUCUAGUAUGGUACGAACACCGACGGUGGUUACAUCACCUCCGGCAGUAAAUAUAAAUCCACCACCUACGAGUUCAGAUCCACAUUAUCCAGCCCCAAGCCCCCCUCAAGAGACAAGAAAAAGGACUGAUAGAGAUUAA